AUGGACAAUUAAAACCUUAUAGAAAGGUUAAUGGAAAUCGAAGCAUAGUGUAAACAGAUUAGGAGUUCUCUAUAUUCAAUUUAAUCAUACUUAAAUAUAUAAUUGAUCAUUGUGAUAUUUAAUAUAUCAUUUCCUUGGUUGUAUGAAUAUUAAAAGGAAUCGAUUAUUUAUUUAAGUUGGAGAUUAUUGCAAUAUUCAUUCCAUUUAUUUAGUGUUAUAUAAAUAAAAAAAACUGUCGAGAUAAUAUCAGAAGGCUCAAGACGUUUUAUUGGAUAAUUGAAUGAUUAAAUUGAUGUUUGGGCUGCAGUGAAAGGGAAUCAUGGAGCAUUAAGUAAAUGCAAUGAAUUUGUUUAUAUCAUAAUGUUUGGUUUAGGGAAUGUAGUGUUUCUAUAAAAUACUCUAUUGUUAAGUAAAUGGAUUUUAGUAAUUUAAUUGAUUUUUGGAUGGAUUUUAAUAGCAACAAUUGCUCUUGGAUUACUUGCUAUUUGUUUUAUAAUGCCUAUAUUAAUUUAUAAAGAAUAUCGAAUAAGAGGAGAAGAAGAAAUGAGAAGAAGAUAAAUAGUAAAUAACUUAAUAGGAAAUUAAAUGAAAUACUCUGAUUUAGAAAAUCCAAGUUCCUAGCCUUGUUAUAUUUGUUUAUAAAAUUAUUGUAAUGAUGAUCUUAUUAUUAAAUUAUCCUGUAAUCCAAAUCAUGUAUUUCAUUCAGAUUGUAUUGAACCAUGGGCACUAAUAAAUGAUACAUGUCCUGUUUGUAGAUAAAGAUUAUAACAAUAAUAAUGA